AUGGGCACGGGCACAGGCCACUCUCUCCUGAUCAGCCUCUGCCUGUUUCUCCUCCCAAAGGGUUUUGCGUGGGGCUUUCAGGGACGUUGCCGAGGGGAUGUGCACACCCCAUGGCGGCUGCCCCAGGUCCUCAGGACGUGUCUGGGUGAGUGCUCCCGGAAGUGCUACUCCAUCUUUGUCGUGGAGACCGUCUGCGUGGCCUGGUUCUCCCUGGAGUUCUGCCUGCGCUUCGUGCAGGCCCCGGACAAGUGCCGGUUCUUCCGAGGGCCCCUGAACAUCAUCGACAUCCUGGCCAUCUCCCCCUACUACGUGUCGCUGGCGGUGUCCAAGGAGCCUCCUGGGGCCGGCGCGUGGCCGAGCGGGGGCUCCUACCUGGAGAAGGUGGGGCUGGUGCUGCGCGUGCUGCGGGCGCUGCGCAUCCUGUAUGUGAUGCGCCUGGCGCGCUACUCGCUGGGGCUGCAGACGCUGGGGCUGACCGUGCGCCGCUGCCCGUGCGAGUUCGGCCUGCUGCUCCUCUUCCUGGCCGUGGCCGUCACCCUCUUCUCCCCCCUGGUGUACGUGGCUGAGAACGAGUCCGGGCGGCUCCUGGAGUUCACCAGCAUCCCCGCCUCCUACUGGUGGGCCAUCAUCUCCAUGACGACGGUGGGCUACGGAGACAUGGUCCCCCGCAGCGUGCUGGGCCAGAUGGUGGCCCUGAGCAGCAUCCUCAGCGGGAUCCUCAUCAUGGCCUUCCCGGCCACGUCCAUCUUCCACACCUUCUCCCACUCUUACCUGGAGCUCAAGAAAGAGCAGGAGCGACUCCAGGCCCGCCUCCUCCACCUCCAGAACCCCGGCAUGGCCAGUGACCGUGAACUCCUGGACCCCAGCAUGACCAGUGACCAUAAACUCAUAAAUGACGUCAACAAUCUGAUUCUGGAGGUCCCGGCCAUGCCCAUCACGCACAUUUAA